AUGGGCCAAGCAAUAUCACAAGAUGAUUUCAUUUGGACCUACACGGACCAACCACAUACGAGCAGAAGAGCAACAAUAGUCAAGGCUCAUCCGGAAAUCAAAGAGCUUUUCGGCAUUGAUGAGUCAUUCAAAUUCGUGGUCAUCGCCAUGGUGUUGUUCCAGAUUUUCAUGUGCUGGUUAUUACAAGGAGCAGAUUGGACGUUAAUAUUUAUAGAAGCAUAUUUUUGUGGUGGUGUUAUUAACCACGCGUUGACGUUAGCAAUUCAUGACAUAUCCCAUAAUACCGCAUUUGGGAACUCAUAUCCGCUUUCGAAUCGCUUUUUUGGAAUGAUCGCCAAUUUGCCUAUUGGAAUACCUAUAUCUAUCUCAUUCAAGAAAUACCAUGUGGAACAUCAUCGCUAUUUGGGAGAGGACGGUCUAGACACUGACAUUCCAACUGAUCUCGAAGCGCAAUUGUUCACGACACCAAUUCGGAAAUUCAUAUGGUUGCUUUUUCAACCUCUAUUCUAUGCAUUUCGUCCAUUAAUCAUAUAUAAAAAAGCUCCGUCAGAUCUUGAACUUAUCAAUGCGAUCGUUCAGGUAGCGUUCGAUCUGUUCGUACUGCAAAUGUUCGGCGUACGACCACUCGUCUAUCUGAUUUUGGGCACUCUUGCGGCAAUGGGAGUUCACCCGAGUGCCGGACAUUUCAUUUCUGAGCACUACGUCUUCAAGGAAAUGCAAGAGACCUAUAGGUAA